UGGGUUAAAAGAUUUCCAACGCAGAAAAUUGCUCGGAAUACUUGAAAGGUAAGUUAAUCUCAUCCGUGUGAAAUAAUAUUGAUGAUGCAGCUGAUACCAACGUCAAAGAUCACCCGAGCCAGAAAUUACUUGAAAUCUCUGCUCUGACGCCCAGCCGGAGUAUGUCAACUGUUUAUUUUUACUUCUCCGUUUGUCUUCACGUUAAAUAAUCUAUUUAACCCCCAAUAAUUACAGCUUAAAUAUUUAGGUGCCGUUUCGUGUUAAUUAAAAGACCCAUACGUGCGCAUUAAAAUAAUGUCUAAGUAAAAUUCUAAUCAGUUUCGUCAUCACUUAAGCUACCAAUUGUGAUUUUUUCUUCUACUCUUGCAAACAUGUCACACAGCCGACCGAUUAAUCACACAGUGAUAUAAAAGUGUGCUUAAACCAUGUUUUAAUGACGCAAAAUCAAAUGAAAUUUCUAAUAUAAAUGUUUUAUGAAUUCAUUUAAAUCGAUUGAUAAAUUUAAUGCUUUAACCUGUAAAAAUCAGUUAAAAAGGAUAUGAAAAGAACCUUUAAAUUCUUUUUUGUAAAAUGUUAAUUCGGUGCACAAGAACGCAGAGCUUAAUAUUUCCUUUCUUCUCUAUGUUCCUUGAGUCAGAAAAAAUAAGAAAAACGCCUUCCAAAAAAACAAUAGAAUUGUUUAUUAGGAGUUAUGAACAGUUUUAAACACAGAUCCCCUGCUGACAUAUUUAUGAAUUUCCAAAACUAAUGGAAAAUACUUAAUAACCAACAACAGAAUCUUAAAAGCAGUUCCGUUAUCUUCACAGCCAGAAUGUAAUGUUUGGUUUUUCAGUUUUCAAGACAAGCAAAAGUUUUUUUUUUCAGUGGCGGAUCCGGUUAAGGGCUCCUCCCCCCUAAUUUGUAAACCAAAUAAGGCCCAAAAUGCCGAAAAAAAUUUGUUUUGAAAUGCCUGAAAGCACAUUGAAAAUGACAAUUUUAUAGUCUGAUUUGGGAUCAGGAUUCGAAUAAUUAGAACCGGGCAGCAUAGCUCCACCACGAAUUCCCUGAAAUAGCCCCUCGGGAGGUAAAUCUACCCCCAGACUAAACCACUGGACAUAACUCUGUUCAAGCCCUGAACCACUGAUUAAAAUGGUUACUUAUAUUGGUGUAAAUAAUUAUUACUGCAAUACAUACAUCAUACAUUUAUUGAAUACAUCCCCAUGUGGGACUUUUCAGUGAUAAAAUAGGAUUACAAAAUUAAAAAUAUACAGGAUUACAAGAGCAAAAUCUAUAUAUUUUAACCUAUUCACAUAAUUUGAGCAACAGUUUACAAUUUAUUGAUUAAAAUGAGAAAAAUACCUUUUCACAGAUUUGGUAUUAAGCAGUUCUAUUUAUUUUUUCAAACAAUACCAUAAUCUAGAACAGUGUACAUCACAUAACAGUGCCUAUUGAAACUUGUCAAUGCAUAUUUUUUACCAAUCAAAAGUAUACCUGUUAUUUGUAGUUGGAAAUUGCUGAAACAUCGAUCAAAAAAAUUUAUUUGCAGACCUGUGGAGGUAAGUAAACAUAAAGCAAAUGUUAAAGAGCUGAUUCUAAAUAAAUAGAGGAUUGUUAAAGGAAGCAAGUUAAUUUUAAUUAUAAAAUGAUAAGAAUAUGUACGGUAAGCCUCCAUUACCUUAAUUUUGAUCGACCGCUGAGUGUUUUUUUUCUUUUACAGCUCAGGGACUUUUCAACAUAUAAAAUAUAUACUAGUUAUCCUGGGGAAACCUUCAUUGUGGUUUUAAAAUUAUGGAUGCCAGUGAUUGCCAAGGUUGUUGCUAUGGCAACAUAGAGAGUGAAGCUAGCAACAGAUACAUGAUAGAGAAACAUGAUACUGUUUAUUGCCAAGAGUUUCAACAACAUACCCAAAGCAAGGAUCCUGUUAGUCCAGAUCAUCUGAAACACUCCGUUCCUGAUGACAACUUGACAAGAUUGUCAAACAUGAAUAUCUGCAAUGGUGAUGAAGUACAUAGUGCUAAUGAACCAAUGCCACACCAAUACUGGUCAUUGGCAACUUUUCCACCGGAGUUAAUUCUUUUGAUCUUUUCAUAUCUUGAUGCACGUUUUACAUUAAGGGUGUUGGCAUGUGUAUGCAAACUGUUCCAUAGUCUUCUAUCAUCUGAAUCUAGCUGGAAAACAAGAUUUGGUAAACGAUGGCCAAGAAGGAACAACAGGGAAGAUUAUGACUUUGUAUCAAGGUUUGAGUGACAGUUUUGCUGAUGUUGCCACUGUGGUUUCUUAAGCUCCCAUCAGUAGGCGCUGUGUUUUUAACUUAUAUUAAUUUUGUUUUGUAGUUGGAAGAGAAUAUGUGUUCAGCAAGAGGAUCUAGACAAGUUUUGGCAUGAUCCCACGUCCUCUCUGGACUUUUAUCAGCUAAAAGAUCAGCAUUUUGCUCCAGUAGAUACAGUUCACAUCAUGAAUAGCGCUAAUCUGUGCAUCUCAGGGGCGAGAGAUCGUGCAGUGGGUGUGUGGAGUCUAUCAGCUUUAGCAGAUCCCCUGGAGGAAGGAUAUGCUAAGAAGUCUUUUAAGCAAUCACUUGAUGGGCACAGGGUAUGUAACAAGAUUUGGUAAACUCCGGAGGCAGCGUUGCCAAGUGGUCAGCACGUUAGACUCACAAUCUGGCGGUUCCAGGUUCGAGUCCCGCCCUGUUCAAUUGCUGGAUUUGUUUUCGGUUGUCCCAAGUUCAAAUCCUUGGCCACGCUUGUAAAUAGCGGACUGGUUCCCUCCUGCCAGUUGGGUUUUUAAUCCUGUUAUGUUAUAUUUAAAUUAUUUGUUUCUAAGUAUUUAAGUGGAGUGCCUGUAAACUAGCUGAGUAAGCUAAGUGUAACUUUCCACUAUAAACAAGCCUUUAAACCUUUAAACAGUUAAUAUUAGUUUGAUGCACUGUAGUAAUAGUAUUAAAGGUUUUUCAUGGAUCUUAUGAUGGACACAGAGUUUGUGACAUUCAAGUUGAUCCUUGGCAUGUAGCAAGGCCAUGUAGAUGGCUUCAGAGUUAGGUUGGUUCCUGAAGAAAUAGCAUUAUUAAGAUAUUAAUUAGUUAAAUUACAGGGCUGAUUACCUCACUGAUCUCUUAAUGGGUUGUUCCAGAAAAAAUCCACACCCCCCCAACGGAUGGGAUUCUGGAGAUUCUCGCGGGAGGGGGGGUCGAAGACUCCGGAAAUCCAGGCGGAAGGGGGGGUUGACCUUAAAAAAGUCUUCUGCAGGGGUCAUUUCGACCGAUAGUUGAUACAAAUCAAACAUUUAGUUCAAUGACACUUAAGCGCUUUCAGACCCUGAAAAUAGUCAAAAUGUUUUGUUCAUAUAUUUCUCACCUGACAUAAAUGAUAAUUUAAGUUGCUUUACGGGUCCUUUUAUAGCAGAAAACGCGAACAAGAUACUAAAGAACGGGCCUGAAGGAACUCGUCGCAACGUUGUUGUCACGAAGAGCGUCAAACGCCUGACACAUUUCUACUCGCACCCAGAGCCCGCGCGCGAAGAGCGAAGAGUGAUUUUUAUAAGCUAAGAAAUUAUGUAAACACUCGUUCAGGUGUCGUUCGCAUUUUUGUUUUUUGCUCCUUUCGUUUUUAAUUCCACGCUAUAGAAUUCUUAGUUUAAUAUAAGCUGAAGCUUUAGAAAUUAAAACAAAACAUUUUGGCGUGUUUGCGUGUAUUUUUCAUUAAAAAUAAAUUAAAUUUAAGCCUUUUAUUUUUUCCCGGAAAUCCAGGCGGGAGUGGGGGUCUUCCACCUUGGAAAUCCAGUUGGGAGGGGGGGUCUUGUGCUUCAGGAAAUCCAGGUGAGAGGGGGGGUUAAAAAAGGACCCCAUCCGUCGGGGGGGUGUGGAUUUUUUCCGGAAUAACCCAAUAGUGCUUGGACAUCUCUUAAGGGACCUGAGGAUAAGUGAUAUUCAUUGAUCAAUAGUCUAAAUGAGUUAGCUGAUCUCCUGUGUGUCACAGUUAUACCAGUAGGUCUAAAAUACAGGUCACUUUUCCACAGGUCAGAGUACAGGUCACCAUGAUACAGAUAAAUGAAUAGCAUUAUAAGUGUCUCCUAGCCCUGACCUCUUAACAUAAUGCUCUGUUAGAUUGAGGGGAAUCUGUGUGGUUUAGUAAUUUAUCAAUGGAGCAGUGACCUGUAUACUUGAACUGUGGAACGUGACCUGUACAUUAGACGUGGCCCAGUUAUACAUAACUGUAAUGCAUUUAUAACACUUUGGUGAUUUCAGGGUUGGGUUUGGUGCCUUGGUAGUGACCCCACAGGGGCUCCGAGAGUGUGCUCAGGAUCUUGGGAUGGUAACAUCAAAUUGUGGGACCUUCAGGGACAAAGUGCUGAGAUGACUACAAUCAGGUGCAUAAUAUUGAAUUGACAGAUAGUUACAGUGUGGUGUUUCACUCAAUCUCACAGUUAAGGCCCACCUUCAUCUUAUCCUUCAUCUUAUGGGUUAUAUAACCAUUUGGUUUUCUAAUCAGGGGUGUCAAUAAGCACCGACAGCCAACAAAACACAUCACGGCCUCCUUUGCUCGUAGAAGUCGGCUACUUUUUUCUAGAAAGAAGAAGCAACUAGUUUGAUUAACGUUGUAAAGGAAAAAUAUAUCAUAAAAUCUGAAUGAAAAUGUAAUAAUGUGUUUUUGUAAUAUAAAGGCCCACUGGUUUUACGUUAUGCUUUAGUUAUGUGAACACUACAUUUCAGUUAUUUUUUCACAAGUUUCUUUAUAGGUUUAAAAAAGUACGUAAUUUAGUUCAUUUGUUCGUUGCUUGCAUGAAUUGUUUGUGCGACUGAUAAAUUUAAUAUUGAAAGCUACAUUUUCUUGAAUGAAAAACGCACUCUUCUGUCCUCAAUUUUAGUCCCCAGAAUGCUGAAAAUGGCAUUUUAGGGCUUUGAAGUUUCAAAAUUUUCUUUGGCAGAAUGCACCCAGACCCCGCUCAUCCCCCUACCCCCUUAGGAAAAGGGGACUAACGACCCCUUGUUGAUGACUUCAAUUUGUAUUGAAACCCCUUGCUAAUUUUUAAAAACCUUGCAUUCUUUAUUUUAGCAAUUUAAUAUUGGUUGAUGCUUUGAAAUGAUGGAGUUUUAUGUCAUAGAAAGUUUUCUUUGGUGUGAAGUGCAUCCAGGGAAACCUUUAAAAACCAGCAUAUACACCAACAUAAAUACACAUACUUAAACAACAUAUACACAUAAUAAUUACUAAUCAUGAAGUAUGUCUCAGCUGGAUUUAUAUGAAAAGUUGUCUAUACCUUAGGUUUUUGGAUCAACAAACACUCACAAACAUUUAAAAAAUGCCCUGUAUGGUUUCUAAAAUAAUGGUAUCAAAGAAAAGUGCUACUUGGUAGUCUUCUCUCGAUGACCAAACAUGUAUGUUUUGGGCAUGGCUCAUUGAUUGUUGCAGAAAUCAAAACACACUGUAUAGAAUGCAAGUAAACUGCAACAUGGCACAAAAUUAACCACUACAGAAAAUACCAUAACAUACCAUAAUGCUCUUUGUUUGUCACCCCAACAUUUUGCAUAAGCAUUGUUUUCAGUUUCUCUUGGGACCAUUUUAACUCCCAAGAGAAACAUGCAAAAUUUUGGGAUGACUAACAAUGAGCAUUAUGGUAUGUUAUGUUAUUUUCUGUAGUGGUCAAUUGCAUUACAGCUCUAAUUUGAUUGGUCGCAUGUUAGGAUUUGCAUACAAAGAAUAAAAUUAAUGCUGAGAUGAGACCCAUCAGGGUAUGAAACACUGCUGAAAUUCUUUGAUAGUCUUGUUUUGCAAACCAUAGUUAGUAGAGGAUUCAAACUAGUAAAUGCCUGAGCAUCAAAAUCUGGCUCAAGUAUAUGGUAUUGGCCAGACUGCAGAGUUCUGUGCUGUGGUCACCUCUCUGAGAUGUUUUAUUAUAAAGUCCUAUAUCGUUGUUGUCCCUUUGUCAUGAACUCAUUGUAUCGAUAUGUUUUUUGUUUUUUUUUUUUUGAACUUACAGUGCCCAUAAGGCAGCUGUGUUGUGUUUGUCUUGGGAACAGGAUAUGCUAAUUUCUGGCUCUUAUGACAGAACCAUUGUCAUGUGGGAUCUUAGAGGUAAGUGAAAUCACUCAUCUUACCCUGGCCUAUUGUUUCAUUCUCAAGCUGUUGCAUUUAUCAUAAUAAUAAUUAUAUAGAUUUAGCCAGGCCUAAACACGAAGCAUUUGCCUAUUCAUUUAUACAUGAAAGACCUUGAUCCUUUGUUAUUCUUCUGCUUAUUUUAUAACAACUUUAAAAGGCCAAAGCCAUUAACAGAGCCCUGCUUUUAGUGGUCUGUUUAUUAUAUGUAACUUUGCAUGUAACUUUGAAACAGUAAAUAGCUUGAAUUCUUUUCUUGUCCUCCCAGCUGGAAAUUUUGAAAAAAAACACAGAACCUGUACUGUGAAUCACUGUCAUAAAAAUACCACCCACAAUAAUAAUAGCUAGAGGGGCUGCCAUGAAAGCCAAAUGGCAAAACACUUAAUUGAUAUUAUCAGGGGUCUCAUAUUGGCAAGAGGUUAAGUAUAAUGGAGUAGCUUUGGUCAUUUUUUCUUAUUAUUCUGCCUUUUGAUUCUACAGGCACAUUUAUAGGUUGCAGAAAACCUUAACUGUGUCUUUUAAGCAUCCAUUGAUUAAUAUUGCAGGGGGUUUGUGAAAGCCAAAUGGUAAAUCACUCGUAACAAGACCUACUGUACUAUAAAGAGAGGUCUGCAAUUUCAUGAAAAUAAUGGGCUCAUUUGUUUAUUAUUUUAGCUGGUUAAUCUAUGAGUACUGUAAGAAAAACACACUAAAGCUGUAUCAUGUGUUACUGUGAAAUUUAGUACCUUGUGUUAAUAACUAGCAGAGGUGCCAUAGAAACCAGAUUGUUAAACACAGCUAUUGACCAUGAAUUUGGUCUCUUAAUGGAAGCUGGCUUGGUUAAGCUGUUAACGUGUUUCUGAUUCUUUCUUCAACAUUCCAGCUGGCAAUUCCAUAGGCUCUUUAAAGAACCACAGUAAACCGGUCCUGUGUCUUACUGUUGAUGACCGUUUCAUCAUUAGUGGAAGCGAAGAUAAAACACUCUCUGUGUACGACAGAAGAGCUGCUCAAGUUUAUAAAAGUGUUAAGGUACCGUUUUGUCUUCCUUCACUAUAUAAUUCUUAAUUAUCUUAAAUAAUGAAAAAGAGUGUGAUCUUUACAGUAAAAAUAACAACCAAAGCGGUUGAAAAAAAACCUGAAAAAGUUCAGGCUUGAUCGGGAAUCGAACCCUGACCUUUGCGUUGACCAGACGCAACGCUCUAUCCAUUGAGCUAAUCAAGCCAACUGGAGAGCAGGCCAUUGUGAGUUCGUAAUAUACCCGAUGGUGGAAAUCAUAUGAAUAAAUAAAGAUAUAGAUAAAGAUAUCAGGGGCGGAUCCAGGAUUUUUUUUAGGGGGGUGCACUCGUCUCUUGCUCUACUUCAACACCAAUAAACCACAUAGUUUUUUUCGCAGAAUACCAGUUGUAUUAGAAAACCGCAGGUCAUCUCGGGGGGGGGGGGUGCGCACCCUCUGCACCCUCCCCCUAGAUCCGCCCCUGGAUAUGAAAGUGUGCAUGAUCUUCACAGUAGAAUGAACAACCUAUUAAAGGGGUUGAAAAAGAGCAAGAAAAAAUUCAGGCUUGACCGGGAACGAACCCUGAUGCACUUCAUACAUUUCAAUUCAUAAUAAAAAUUAUCUAAACUAUGCUCCUUGUUAAGAUUGCUUAAAUGCCUUUAAAAAGUUGAAGGGACGUAGGUUAGUUGUGAGGAUUUCAUGUAAGUAAAAGUGCCCAUGUAGUGUUUUUAGUGUUUUUGUACCCUUUAGAAACGUCUUGUAUAUUUAUAUUAUAAAUAAAAAGCUGAAGCAUUUAGCUAUGGUUUAACUAAAUUAGGCAAAGCAUUUUUGCUUUCUGUUGCACGUUGGUGAUAACUGGUGUACUUUAGUGAUUUUUUGGUGGUUCAUUUGACAGUUAUAAGGUUUUUUGUUCAAAAGUCGGUGCUUUUUGGUAACGGUUAACUUACAUUUGGAACGUUGUAUUUGUCGUCCUCAGCUUAAAACUCCAGUGUUUAGCUUGUGCCAAAGCUCCACAUGUGGCUACAAUUACCUGAGAGUCGGGGGCAGAGAUGGCCGCCUGCACAUGCUGGAUACAACUGCCGAUAGAUUUGAGGAACUAACAGUGAGUUGAAAGAUUCCUUGGGGCGUUUAUUAGGAGAUUCAAAAGUAGGACUAAAAAAAGGACUCUAUCCGACAACAAACCAUAACGGGCAAAACAACUGGAACAUCUUUUGCCAUCCUAUACAACUGCGACAUAAUAACGACGACGAAUCUACCUUUCCUUUCCGAACCUUUAUGCAGUACCUAAAAAUUCAUUUCCUGGAAAAUCCAACUACACUUUUUCGAACUGGACUCACAUAAAUACCCAGCAAACUUAGUAUUUCAUUUCAUUUCGUUUCAUUUAUUGGUUUAUUCAGAUAUUUACAAUUUUAUUUUAUCAGGCGACCUUUUGUGCAGUCGAAUAACUAGAGGGCACAUCUAAUUUAACUAGAGAAAAUAAAAUUCAUCGUUGGAUGUCUACCACCUUCAUAAAAUGUCCCAACUGGAAAUUACACGUUUUAGUUCGCAGAGGAUAACAACUUGGAAAUGUACUAAACAGUGCCGGAUCCACACCUUGAGAUAAGGGGGACCCGCUCAUCUAGACCCUUAGAUAAGGGGGCGGGGGGGAGGUGGCAGUCUCCAAAAAAAAAAAUUUCGGUCCUUCGGGCCUCAGUUUGGUCUAAAAAUAAAGGGGGGACGGGCCCCCUGGGCCCCUCCCCUGUAUCUGCCACUGCUAAAGAGAGUGAUGCAGGGGCAAAUUUGUUAUGUCCGUCACAAUCUGAUUCUGGGAGUCUUUAAAUAUUUACAUGUGGUGCGAUACUUGAAUGAUGUGAGAAGGUUUUUAUUCAACAACAUGUGUAUAAGAGAGACAGGGAGCUUCUUAUAUGUGGCUGAUUGUUUGUUCACUGUUUUUAGCCCAGUAUAGAACUAGGACAGGAAUCAAAUGGAAAAAUCUCUGGAAUCUGCCAUUACGGCGGUGCAGUUGUUGCUUGUUCAACUGACAAAAGUAUUAAGGUAUGACAUAUUAAAGUGGCUCUGUCAUGGCUGUUUACUUUGUUUUUGAGCGACUCACGUCAACCGGGAGUGAAGCAAUCUCCCUUUUAAUGUGCCUUGAAGCAACAAAAGUUGUGUGCUUAAGUGCCUUUAAAGGAGCUGUGUCACAAAAUUCAGCUAAAUUAGGAAAUUACAAAAUGCCCGUUAAAUUAAGAGAAACAUAAAAAUAACCGCUUAAAACUUUAAAGGAAGGUUAAAAUAACAUAACAGAAAUAACAGAUGCCACGGAUGGGCACAACUGAAGAAGAUUGAAAACGAAUUGAAAUUAGGGUUUUUGAAAACUGUUCAGCCUAACAGUUUUUCAAAGUUGAUCCCUGCUGCUUACAACUUCAAAAAUAAUGCUCAGGAGAUAUAUUUGUUUGAGUCGGAUCUCUGAUUUUGUCAAUUACAUGUAAUUUCUUUGCUUACAUGUACUUUAAGUUCCAUAGCAAUUGAGGGCGAGUAAUUGGGAAAUGAACUGGACUGCCGUGACACAGCCCCUUUAAGGUCCCUAAUAUUAACCAUUGGAAUGUGGGAUUCAAGUUCCACUGACAAAGUAUCUGGAAUCCAGGACCUAGAUUCCGGAAUCCACAAUCCAAGACUGUCUUGGAUUACUACAUACAGUGAAACCUCUAUUAAGCGGAUUCCCAAUUAAGUUGACACCGUCUAUUAAGCUGACACUAAGCCAGGUCCCGCAAUUAACGACGUAUACUUCUCUUUAUAACGAACCCUAUUCAGCGACACCUCUAUUAAGCGGACACAGACACUAAGAUAAGUUUUAUUUGGCUAAUUUCUAUUGUUAAAAACCUCUUUCAAGCGGACACCGGACUGAAUUGACGAUAGUAGUAUUGGAUUACGUCCUUGAAAUACGGACUGAAGUCAGUUAAUGUUUUUGCAUUUACAAACAAAUUAAAGUUGGUAAUGAAAGGUGAUGAACUUGAACUCUGGAUAGCUUCUUUAACAACAUGCAACUUUAUCACAGUACAGAGUAACCGUUCGAUGUUGAUCCGUAACAAACAUUGCACAAUUUUUACAACCUCUAUUAAGCGGACACUUAGGAAGGUCCCGAAGGUGUCUGCUUAAUAGAGGUUUCACUGUGUCUUACAUGGGGAAAACUGUCAUACGAUGUCUGGUAAAAUGACAGGGAUGUUAGAAAACUGAAUAAAGUUUUGAUAUCUCAGUGCAUCGCCCAGUUUCCCUUAAUGUGUCUCUAUCUUAACUCCCCCUCACAGAAUGUCAAGUCAACGAGCCGCCAGGAGAAACGAUUGUGUAUGUCUCGGUGUUAAAUCGUGCCGAAGAGUAGAUCACUUUACAUGCAACUCAAAGAGGGUGUUGUUUGUGGCGGAGUGUAGUACUCAUCUUAAUGAUCGUCGACCACUAAUAUCUGUUGCUAACUUUUGUCCGUUUAUUGGUGUCUGUUCUGCAGGUAUUGGAACCCUCCCGUGUUCUCUCUGUUAUUCAUACAUUUGACUGUCAUACCGGAGAAGUGACAGCGGUAAGUAAAAGUUUCUUCGAUAGUUCGGCCAUUUUGUACGUUGUCGUACAACUCUCCUCCGUCCUCGUCGGAAGAAGCGUUGCAUGACGACGCCCAGAACUGUGGUGUAGCAGACAACGUAGUCUCUUACGUAGCUGUAUCUUUUACGUCAUGCACAGCUCCGCACCACACUGCGUGAGAACAAAAACAGCUGCUACAUGGGCUUCACUCAGCCUGCGUGCAGACGUUGAAAGGGGAAAUGCGGAGGAGGGGAAAUCGGGCGCUCUUCACCCCAUUCCAGGAGCGCCAGAAUUCCCCCCUUCCCCUUUUCCCUUUUGAAGCCUGCCACACAGGCCACGUGAUAAAAAGUGGUGCGAUGAGAGGUUAUAGAAGUCUGCCUCACGUCAAUAUUGCUAGAUCUACUGGAUCAAGGACGAGGAAUUGCUCAAACAAAAAUCCCGCAGGCAAAAUAAAAAUCCCGUUGUCCCGUAAUAAUUCACAUAUUCAGAGCCUACAUCGGAGGUUGAUGUUGGCUUGUGCUGAUAGUAUUGAGCACAGAGCGUCGACAGGUACAUGCGCGCAAGGUUGAGAAACCCGUCGUAUCUUGAAAUGUGAAAUAUGAGUUAUUGCGCACAUCCUCGCUUCAGCAUUUUUUUUUCUUAAUCUAUUUUCUUGCCUCAGAAAGUUUGUUUAAAAAUUAUUGUAAUUUCCUUUCAGGUAAACAGCGGAGGCUCGGUGUUAGCAUCAUGUUCAAGUGACCUUACUAUUGGGAUAUGGAGACCCAAAAGUCUGAGGCCCGUGGCGAUUAUCUGAUAACAAUGAUGCUGGUGGUCUUAAUGUUAGCCUGCGUGCAGACGAUAACUAAACUCUGAUUAGUACCGUCUGCGAAGCAGCGUAGAGAUCCUUGUUCUGGACCCCCAACGGACUCAACGAAUUACCGGAAGUGCGUUUCGAAUUCCCCUUCAACCUGAUUGGCGAUCACGACAAACAAAACAAAGGCCUUUUUUAACUGGCCAAUCGUGGCGCGUACUCAAAUCUGGGUACACAGCUGGAAGUCCAGAACAAGGAUUUCGGCGCUGUUUCGCAGACGGAGUUAACCAGAGUUUAAUUUCGUCUGCGCGCAGGCUAUAUUAAUGUUGGUGUCAUGUUCUGAUAAUUGCGUGCUUGCCUGGAUCAAUUCUGGCGUAAGGAUGUGGCUGACAAGCCCAAACCAAGACUGAUGAUAACAGUAAAGCAAGUACAUGUAUGUCGGUCACAAAUAACAAUGAGCUGGUUUCUGUAGUUGCACUAUUAAACUGAUGACCAGAUUGAGGAAAAUGUUGACAGUGUUAUUAUUGGUGAUGAUAAUAGCGAGUUUACGCAACGAAGACGACGGCGGCAUCGAGAACUUAAGCGAUAGGUUUAGACAAGCAAAACAACAACUUUGCACGUGCAUCACGCUUUUUUUGCACAUUUCUCUGCAGUCGUUGCACGACUACAACGUGAAACUGCCUAAUUUCACGUUUUGUCGAGGACGGGAGCAAAAGCAGGUCUCAAAAUAACGGCCGGUCAACGGACAAUGUCCGGCCUGAUCGUGGACUUGACCGGUCAAACUCUCGUCUGGCCGGUCAUUUUGACCGGUCAUCUUUGGAUACGAACAUUUUAUAAUAUUUUCCAUAAGUUG